ACUAAUUAUGAAUUAUUAAUAAUGUAUACUAUAGGUGAUGGCUUCAGGGUGAUGUUUUGUCUUGUGUGUACUGCAGGUAAGGAGGUGUGGGCUGUGUCCAGCUCUUCUGUCUUCAGUCCCAAGUUUGACCUGUCGCACUGCAGAGACCAGCUGAACAAACAGGGCUUCCAGGUCCCGCCGCAGGACUUUGAAGCUCCUCUCCAAAUUGCCCUCGGGCGUCGGUCUGUUCGCCGAUACCUUUUCUUCAACUCCAACAUCUUCAACUUCAUCCUGGCCCCGGUGAUCUACUUGGUGCUGUGGUGUGCUGUGUACUCUACGGUGCACGUCUACCUGGUCACCCCGGUGACUGACUUCUGGGUCAUGUGUCUGUGUGUCAGCCUCAUCUCCGUGCUCCUCAGCGCCACCAUCCUCCUCACUCUGCACCACAGCAGCAAAGAGAUCAGCGCCAACACGGACGCCCGGCUGAUCCUGGUGAAUGAGAGGCUGAGUAGGCAUCGUCUCCUCAUAGGAGUGGCAGACUGGGUCACACACUGCACUGGCACCAUGAAG